AGAAGAAGGAUCUUAAUAACAAUGUUUUGACGGUGGUCUGCAAAACAGAGUCUACAUGGAAAAGGAAAGUGAUGGCGUUCUUACACAAGCUCACAUGGAAUUUAGUAACACAAACUUUAAACAAGCAGAGGAAUUGUACAGUCACUUUAUCACGUCGUGUGGGAAGAAACAGUCAAGGAAAUGUGACGCCACUGACCUCGCAGUUGCGUUGAAUAACCGCGGCCAGAUAAAGUAUUUGAGAGUUGAUUUCAAGGAAGCAGUGGAGGACUACACUUUGGCAAUAGAAGCAAAUAAAGAUUUCGAAGUGCCAUACUACAACAGAGGAUUAAUACACUACAGACUAGGAUUUUUUGAAGAUGCCGAGCAAGACUUCAAGAAGGUUCUGGAAUUGAAUCCAAAUUUUGAAGAUGCCAAACAGAGCUUACAACAAACAAUAAUAGAUCAUCAAGAAAAGAUUAACAGAGAAGCUGGAUAGUUUGACAAUCUUAACCAUGUAGGCCUACUACAGUGUGUAAUAUUGCGUAGGCCUAGGCUGGUCUUUGUAUAGCAUUCAUUAACACAGCCUUAUCGCAACUAUUUUCUAGGACUAUUAAGUCUCGCCACACUGCAUUUGUCCUCGUUAAAAAUCUCUACUCAAUGGUGACUGAAUUAAAGUGUAGACUACUGAA